GAAUUUGAUAGAUAUAGAGAAUGACUGAAAGAGCAAUGAAAACUGCCGCGACAGCCAUCGUGGAUAGAGUGGUAAGAGAAGUACCUUGGAGAUCGAGAUUCGAUAUAUUAAAAGAACGUGUAAAACCAACCUAUAUGGCAGAAUGUAUAGGCACACCCAGAAGAGAAUACCAGACAAAUAUGAUCAAUGGAAUCAGAAUCAUGCCAACAUUCAAUCCAUACGUAAAAUUAAAUAAAGAAAAAAGAUACAGACUCGAUAACUGGCCAUCAAGAAAUUGGGAUGAUUGGAACCCAACGGAAUGCUAUACAAGAGGUGGAAGACGAAGGCAUGCCAUACCAAAGGCAUUCCUACCAACCAAGGAUGAACUGGGAGAAGCACAUCCACCAAAAAUAUCAGCAAGAUACAAAGCAGAUAUAGAAAAACAGUACUACAUGAAUGGAUUGCCAUGGGUGUGGAAUCCAGAUUAUUACCUUGGAAAGGUACACUACCACGACAGAGAUGUACUACACCCAAAGGUCUGGUAUAGACACGCAUUCAGAAAACAUAGAAUGGAAAUGGAACUUAAAAGACUGGACAAACACAUAGAAGAAUACAGAGAACAAAAUAGACUCAAAAAAAGAUAUGCAUACUUCGAAAAGGCUGUAGCAGCAAUGGCAGGAGAAGAACUAGCAUCUAAAUACAUUAGACAAAGAAAAAUUGCCAAAGUAGCAUAAUUAUUAAAAAACAUAUCGCAAAAUAAUAAUAUAAGUCAAC